AUGGCACCUGCCCUAUCUGAAGAAGAGGCAGCACUUGAUCCAUAUGCCUUAUUGGAACUAACGACGGAUGCCAACCAGAAAGACGUCGAAAGGGCCUUCAGGAAGAAAUCGUUAAAAUGUCAUCCUGAUAGAAACCCAUCUCCCGAAGCAGCGAUUCAAUUUCGACAAAUAUCCUUAGCGUUGGGAAUACUUACUGAUCAAACCAAGCGAAGUUACGUUGAUAACAAAUUAGAAUCAGAUAGGAGGAAGAAGGAGAAAUAUGCUGAAUAUGACAAAAAUAAGAAAAGGAUGGUAGAUGCAUUAAAUGCAAGAGAGGAAGAUGCUAAAAGAGCCAAGAUAUCACAGAUGGAAAGACGUAAAGCACAAGCAGAGGAAGAAGCCAUAAAGGAUGCUGGAAAGAGAUUACUAGAAGAAGCUCAAAAAAGAGCCAUGGCAGCUGCGUCUAUAUCUAGACAACCACCACCGCCCUCAGCAUCGCCAUCACGAACACCGUCAGAAUCAAUCAAAUCAAAUCCAAAUCAACCUGAAAUAUCUUCAGAUGAUCUAACUUUGAUACUCACUUUCCCUUCAUCUUCUUCAUCUUCUUCAUCAACAUCAUCAUCAUCUUCCUCGUCAUCGUCAUCCGCAUUACAAAACACGUUACAGGGGAAAUACGGUCCAAUAGCACAUUGCGUACUUACCGAUCCGCCAAUAAAAGAAGGCAAAAAGAAGAAAGGUAAAAAAGCAGUUGUGGAAUUUGGGAAAGGUAAUUGGGGUGGCUGUUGGGCAUGUUGGAAAGAUCAUUCAUCUUCUGGUCAAUCUGACAAAGGUACAGCCUUGAAAGAUGGUGUUAAAGUGAAAUGGAUGAAAGGUGAAAUACCAAAUUGGAUUGAAUGGGCUGAGAAAAUAAAUAUAAAUAACAGCAGGAAUGAUCUACAUUCAAAUGGUUCAGAAUCAACCAAACGAAAUGGUGCACCAACGAUCAAUACGCCUCUUCGAAAUACGAAUACUAAUGGGAACACAUUAACACCCUCUUUCGACUCCGCACCUGAUUUCGGUGGGAUCUCAAUGUCAGACUUACUAUCAUCGCACGCCAAAAACAAAGCCGAAGCAAUAUCAAAUAAAAAGAAGAAUGAAGAAUUCGAGAGUAUGACUUUACUGAGAAUGAGACAAUUGGAGAGGGAAAGAUUGGAAAAACAAAUUAGAGACGAAGAAGGCGAUGAUGAGGGACUGUGA